GAUGGAGUUUGCGCAGAGAUUGAAAAGAAACAUAAAAGACCUAUCGGCUCGUGGCGCCAAUCUUAGGAAUGCCAAAAUAUGCCGAAAGUCAUGAAACUGAUGAUAACAGUUUAAGCAGUAAAUCUUCGCAAACAGAGUUGACUUUUGAUUUAAUCGUUCAUCCACCGACGUCUCUAGGCAGUAGGGGAUCUCACAAUAAUCGUAAAGUUAAUCCAUAUGCUUUGUUCUUGAACAAACCGAGACGAAUGGCAGUAAUAUGGCGUCCCCUUUGCGAAAAAGACAUGAAAGGUUACGAUCCAAAAGCAACAUUAGAAAUGCAAGCUACGCGAUUGAUGGACCAAAUUUGCAAAGAAUUCUGCGACUGGGUCAGACAACUCGGAGGAAAUGAGCAGGUCAUUGAUGAAGAAACUCUCAAGGACAUGUUUGAGAUUAAUUUCAAGUCUGAUGCAUGCAAAUCUACCCAGGUUGUUAUCAAAGAGAUGCCAACAGUACCAUUGCCUGUAGUAAAAGUUCGUUACUGUCCGGAAGCAAACGAACUUGAAGCAACGCAAAAGGAGAUUCAACAAGAUCUAAAAGUUGAAGGUCGGCCAAAAUGUACUUUUACCUUCGGUCGAUCAUUGCCACGAGAAUUAAGAUUUGUACCACCUCGGAAGAGUGUCGCAACAAAAUGGUUGGAUUGUGAAUAUAUUCCAAAGGAUCUUGAGAACAUGGAUGUUGUGUGGAACGAUAUCGGACAUCUCGACAGUGUUCAAGAAUUUCACAAUUUUCUUAAUUCUAAAAAAGUUCUUAGAUCAUCAAAACUGUUGAAAAUUCUCGAAAAGGCAAUGAAAGUUAAAACUUGA